AUCACUGCAUACGCCCUACUGGAACCCGGGCCUUCUGGUGCCCGGUUGAUGCUUCGGGAGUAUGCGACACCAACACGUGCAUCGCUCGGAACCCAGCAAUAUUGCCAAUAAGAGCACCUGAUUUCUCGCCUCUUUCCGGACGGCAGCAGAGGCACCGCACACGGCACACCCCAGCUGCCACACGUCGUCGACCAGGCGCCACAAACAGAGCUAAACCGCAUUGCCCAUUGGCCUCGCAGUUUGGGAAGGGACGGCAGCGGCAGCAAUGGCGCCGGUGAAGGUGUUCGGACCGGCGAUGUCGACGAACGUGGCGCGGGUGCUGGUGUGCCUGGAGGAGGUGGGCGCCGAGUACGAGGUCGUCAACAUCGACUUCCAGGCCAAGGAGCACAAGGGCCCCGAGCACCUCGCCAGGAACCCAUUCGGCCAAAUCCCCGCGUUCCAGGACGGUGACGUCGUGCUCUUCGAGUCCCGAGCAAUCUCCAAGUACAUUCUCCGCAAGUACAAAUCAGCUGAGACCGACCUCCUGCGAGAAGGCAACCUCAGGGAAGCGGCCAUGGUGGACGUGUGGACGGAGGUGGAGGCGCACCAGUACAACCCGGCGCUCUCGCCCGUCGUGUACGAGUGCCUCAUCAACCCGACCAUGCGAGGCGUCCCCACCAACCAGAAGGUGGUGGACGAGAGCCUGGAGAAGCUCCGGAAGGUGCUCCAUGUCUACGAGGCGCGCCUGUCCAAGAGCAAGUACCUCGCCGGGGACUUCCUCAGCUUCGCGGACCUCAACCACUUCCCCUACACCUUCUACUUCAUGGCCACGCCGCACGCAUCGCUCUUCGACUCGUACCCGCACGUCAAGGCCUGGUGGGAGAGGCUCAUGGCGAGGCCGUCUAUGAAGAAGCUCGGCGCCAGCAUGGCCCCGAAGCCUUGAUCGCACGCGCGAGCGUGGUCGAAUAAUUUGUUGUUCAAUGGUGUAAGCGGCUCUGUAGCCUGGUUUUGCUCCAAUAAACUGAAGUUGGAUUGGACGCGCAAUGCGGCGAGUAGUGUGCUUUGUUACUAUUUUUCCGUAUUGGUUGCGUACAGUCUGAAAUGUUUAUGCAAAGUCGAUCAAAGUUUUCAGAUUUCAAUAAGCUACUAAAUUUUCAAA